GAGAGGAUUCGCACGGUGCUUCUCAGCUCACUGAGUGAUUAGUAAGCUAUUUCUGUGUAAUGCAAAAGAAAAGAUAAAUAGGUCUCCAUAAUAUGAGCUCGUACAAACUAAAUUAGAUCAGAGAAAACAAAAGUGCAAUAAGAAAAAAUAGGAAAAAGUAGGAAAAAACAGGAACAGUAAUUUCAACAGAACAAUGAGCAAGCAGUAAGAUGCUUGCGUGAACCUGGAGGAAGUCUCGGUUUGCUCCCGGCAGAAAAGGCCGAACCCUGCAGGAGACAGGCGUAGCAGAAAGAACCAGGACCCUCUUGGAUGACCAGGCAUGAUUAGCAAAAGUAUUUUCUCUGUUUUGUGCUCCUUCCUCCUUGCUGGCCCUGCAGAAGCUGCUGCAGCCAAAGGACUGAAUGGCGUUCUGGGGGAGUCGGUCACUUUCCAACUGAAGACUCCUCCACCAUAUCGAAUGAUUUCUUGGAGGAGAAGUGUCGGCGGCCAGUCUAGUAUUAUUGCUGUGCUGACCUUUCAGGAGCCAUGUGUCGCCCUGACUCCCCUCCCGGCCUUUGAAAAGCGAGUGAAGGUCUCGGAGGACUGCAGGGAAUUACGCCUCAGCCAAGUAGAGCCAGAGGAUGCUGCCAGAUACGCCGCACAAAUUGUUUUACCAAAGAACACAAUAGAGGUGGAAGCGUUUGACCUGCGAGUUUCUAGACGGUUGCUGGACUCUCAGCUGAGAGUGAUGUGCAUUCCUGAUGGUGGUGGAAACGGGACUUGGCAGCUGAACUGCUCCACAGAGGCCUGGGAAGACGGGGUGGAGUUCAGCUGGAUCCCAGCUGUCCAGGGCGAGGGUCCCACCCGUGGGAAUUCUGCGAUCAAGAUCACGUACGAAGACCUUGAUCUCAGUGUCACCUGCAGAGCAGAAAACCCGGUCAGCAACGCAUCCACGACGGUCUCCUUAGAGGAAGUUUGUGCUGAAAAUAGCCCCUAUAGGCUGCCUCUUGGGGUCCUGCUGUGCCUCAUCAAAGUGGGAAAUCUCCUCCUUCUUGGCUGUGUGGGGCUGAUUCUGAUGAUGAAGUUCAGAAAAGGAUCCACAGAUCCAGAGGGAUCCCAAGGAACUCCACAGCACAAAGCCUCCGUCAUCUCAGCCAGAUUUGCCGAAGAGCGCUGGGCGCAAAGUCACUCCGGAGAGUCCACGUAGAUUUCCGCUUUGAGCCUUCCUCCUCCAUGGUAGCAGCAGCUGAAGCGUGAGAGUGAGAAGACGGGCAUGAAAUACGGAGGAGGUUUGGCCACGAAAGAGCCAGGGCGUGCCUGUGGCGGAGCUCAAUCCACGUGGGAGAACUGUGCAAGGGGGAGAGGAUGAGGGUUUGACCAAGCAGACGGGGGUCUUGCUCUCCCGCUCUCCGGAAGGUUGGAAACUUUUGAACUCGGGUGACUCUUCUCUGUAAAUGUGCGUCGCAGGGUUUCCAGAGGGCUUUAUGCUAGCGUGGAUGAGGGGAAUUAGGAAACGGUGCUCUAUUGUAUAAUGCUUUUGAUGGUUUAAUGCUUUCAAAUUUUAAUGUUCUGUAAACUUUGCAGUUGCUCGAGAGCUUGGUGUUCAACAAACAUCUGUCACUUUUCUUCUGUAGCCUGUACUCCUUCCAUAA